AGCAAAUUCAGUUCAUUUUUAAAUUUUGUCAUUGAAGGAUCCCAAAAAAAUUAGAAAAUCAUGAAAGGAAAAUUCGCAAGUUUGAUUUUAUUUUCAUUUAUAGCUUUUGUGAGUUUAACUGACAUGAAAUUUUCAAGAUGUGGCGAUAACAACAUUUAUAGAGGUUUAAACUGUGCGAUUAAUCGAGUCGCAAUUGAGGGAUGCAAUGUUAAUGUAACAAAAGAUUGUAGCUUGAAACGAGGAAAUAAUGCAUCAAUGGUUGUUGAUUUUACACCCGACUUUGAUGCUGAAAAUUCUACAGUGACAAUUCACGCUAUUACCUUUGGUGAAAAGGCAUGGCCUGGAAUGGACACAAAUGGUUGUAAAUUCAUGACAUGCCCUAUUGAAAGUGGAGUUAACAAUACAUACUCAUAUGGUGUUCAAGUCAGCUACACAUAUCCAUUGGCCACUGUCCCUAUUCGUGUAGUAUUUGCUUCAAAUAAUCAACCUAAGUGCUGCUUUGUUACGAAAAUUAAAAUCGAAAAAUCAAACUAAAUUUUGAAUUAAUAAUAAAAUCAUUUUAUUGAACUAUUAA